GUUUGUUUGGACCUUUAUUCCUCCUGAACAGGAAUGGGUGUGAAGCACAGGGCGAAGGUCUCCGACUGACCAGCCGCGACGUGUCUAGGCAGGAAUGAGCCCCCGCCAGCUGAGCCCAUCAUGAGAGAGUGGUGGAUCCACGUGGGUCUGAUCUGCAUCCCGCUGCUGGCCGUCUACCUGCACAUCCCGCCCCCGCAGCUGUCCCAGGCCCUGCAGAAGUGGCACAGUGCCGGGGAGGAGUUCCUCUUCAGGGGCCGCAGGAUCUUCUACAGAGAGUCUUACGGCGCUCUGGGGAGCUCGGAUGUGGUCAUCCUGCUGCAUGGCUUCCCCACAUCCAGCCACGACUGGAACAAGAUCUGGGAGCCUCUCACGCAGCGCUUCCAUCGAGUCAUCGCGCUGGACUUCCUGGGUUUUGGCUUCAGUGACAAGCCGCGGCCCCACAAGUACUCCGUCUUCGAGCAGGCCAACGUGGUGGAGGCCUUGGCGGCCCACCUGGGCCUCAGCAACCAGCGGGUGAACGUGGUGUCCCACGAUUAUGGAGACACUGUGGCCCUGGAGCUGCUGUACAGGAGUGAUCACAAUCAAACAGGUCACCUGAUCUUCAACAGCCUCUGUCUUUCCAAUGGAGGAUUAUUCCCAGAAACGCACUACCCACGGCUGGUGCAGACGCUGCUGAAGGACUCCAGUUUUCUGGCCCCGCUUCUCACGCGUCUCAUCAACUACGUCAUCUUUCAGAAAGGGGUUGGAGAUGUGUUCGGUCCGUAUACGCAGCCGACAGACGCCGAGUUCUGGGACAUGUGGACCGCCCUGCGCUACAACGACGGGAACCUCGUCCUGGACAGUAUUCUGCAGUACCUCAGCCAGAGGGUGAAACACCGGGACCGAUGGGUGGGGGCGCUCACCUCCACCUCCGUCCCACUGCACAUGAUCUACGGACCUCUGGACCCAGUCAACCCUCAUCCCGAGUUCAUCCGUCGUUACCAGCAGCUGGUGCGGAGGUCCACCAUCACCGUCCUGGACGAACACAUCAGUCACUACCCUCAGCUGGAGGACCCCACCGGCUUCCUGAAUGCAUAUUUUAAUUUCAUUCACUCUUUCUGAGGUGCUCAAGUUUCAGGAGCGAUCAUGUCGCCUCGUACCAAAGUGAGAGUCCCAGCCUCGGAGUCCGUUCAUUUACCAGCAACAAUCCUUGAAAAGUCAAAUGUGAGCCAGAAACACGUUCAAUUUUUUUUUUUAAUCUAAGACCCUCUCCUGUUGAUGAAUGGAACUUUAAAAUUUACUUUACUUGAAGCUGUGUGGUUCAUUGGACAGUCUAGAUUCCCGUCCAUUUUCACUUCUGAAUGACUUUUGAUAUAAUUUUCUACAUCUUGAUGUCGUUGACUAAAUCUAAUGUCAGCUUUUCUUCAAAUAAAAUUAGUUUUA